UGGGAGUUCUCUAGUGAAAAUUUAAUCUUUCCAAUUCACUUAGAGCAACAAAUUAAAGUUGUUCUUAAUGAUGCAAAUUUUUACUUAUCAAUUCAAAUGGGUACUAAAAAUAAUGCAAUGUUACCACAAUAUCAUUGCCGAAGUGAGCAUUUUGAAGCAAUUGAAAAUAGUCUGACUAAAGCUAUUUCUACUGUAUAUCAACUUAUGUUUCAUACUGAAACACGAUAUUCGGGUCAUUUAGUUAUAGGAUGGAAUAAUAAAGAUAUAUUAGAAAUUAUUAGAAGUGAUAUCAAGUUUUUUCCUAUUACAUGCAUGGUUGGCGAAUAUAAGGUUUUUGUAUUUGCAAUUAGACAUUCUUCAUGUGCAAAAUGGAAAUAUGCUGGUUCAGGAUUUCAAUCAUCGAUCAUCCAUAUAUUUGAAAGAACUCGUGCAAUUUUUGUUUCACGAAUAGAAAAUAAUGACUUUAUUUUGGAAAUUUUUCAAAAUUCAGAAAUAAAAAAAAAAUACAUAGAUACAAACCCAGAUGAUGUUUGGAAACAAUCUGGUCAAAUUCGAAAAUUUAAAGGAAUGCAACUUUUUGGUUUAGAAGAUUCGAUUAUCCAAAAACUUAUUUCUAAAAGUCGGAUUCCAACAUGCAAACCUGAUGAAUGGACAAAUGAAUCAAUUAUAAAACCUGUUUUUGAUUAUCAUUCUUUAUUGUGGACAAAAUCUUCAAAUCCAAAUAAUGAAAAAGAAUCAUUAGCUAAUUUAUAUAAAACAGGAUUUCUUAUGAGCUCUCCAAUUCAUAUUCGAACUUCUACUGACAAAUUUUGGUCUUGUUUUGAUCAUGCUCUUGAAGACAACAAACAUACUUUAAACGGGAAAAGACAUAUUUUGUCUAUUAUUGUUGAUGAGUUUUCAUACUUUGAAUUGCAACAUAAUCUUGGUGUUGAAAAACAUACUAUUGCUGAAGCAUGUAAAUAUGCACAAAAUUAUGGUUAUGAUGUAGUACCUUCCCAAAAACUAAUAAUUCAUCAUGAACGUAUGAUACCUAAAAUGAUCAAUCAAAUCGAACAAUUUUUAAUUGAUAAAGAAAUUGUAAACAUAAGCUCUUAUAAAACUGAUACAGCAACAAAUCAACCAAUUAUGUAUCUUCAAGAUAAUAAAACUGCACUAUGGGAAAGAUUUUCUGAAGAAUACCCUAAUGGAAUAAAACAUGCCUCCUUUAUGACAUACUUAAAAGGCAGCCGAUACAUAUAUCAAGAAAAUUUAGGUGGCCUUUGUUUAACUUGUAACAAUUAUGGAUAUAUCGUAUUCAGUGAUAUUGAGGCAUUAAUUUCAACUCACAUCAAAAAUGAAUAUACUCAGUACAGUCACAAGUAUUGCGAUGAUAUAUACGUCGAGAAUUUUCAAAAAAAUUCAACAUUACUAAUGAUGGCAUAG